CGCAGCCAAGGAGGCUUUCUCGACGGACGCACCGACUCUCCCGCGGAUCCCAGAUGGACGGCUAUCAAGAGGUGACUUGCUACACAUUCUCGACGCGCGAUCUGGCAUUUGCCGCCUCGUCGUCGUCGUCGUCGCCGUCGCCCCCCAAAUCGGUCGCAGGAUGGAAGGGGGGAAGAGGAAGCUGAGCCGCCGGCCGACGAUCAACUCGUUGGACGAUGGUUGCCUUAUGCACAUCUUCAGUUUCUUACCUCCGCUCCCUGAUAGGUUUAAUACUGCACUGGUUUGCCACAGAUGGAGGUUUUUGGUGUGCCAUCCUCGUUUAUGGCUUCGUGUGGAUAGAUCUGUAACAGCUAAACCUGAAACAGGUGUUUUUUCCAAUUUAGAGAGUGCUAUAACUGCAGCAAGGCCUGGUGAUACCAUUCUAAUAUCAUCUAGUGGAAGUCAUUUGGCAUGUAAUGUCCAAAUAAAAAAGCCGCUUUGCCUGAUAGGUAGCGGUGACGAUCCUGAUGAUACUGUGCUUAUCUGCUCUCGAGGCUUCGACAGCGCACUUGAAUUUCUAUCAACAUGCAAGAUAUCAAACUUGACUGUGAAAGCAGAGCUUGGUUGCUGCUUACUUCAUCGGAGUGGUAAGCUGACCAUUGAGGGCUGCGUGCUCCAGUGCGAGGAACAUCCCCUGGAUCAUCUGUCAUGUGCAAUAGUGAGCACUGCAAAUGCGAUGCCUUUAGCAUCAGAUUUAUUAGCAUCAGUGAAGCCUACAGAGGGAGGGAGCAGUGUCUCUGUUUCGCGUACACGUAUUGAAGGGGGUGCCAAAGCUGUUUUAACCAGCGGAACUCUGGCACUGCAACAGGUGCGAGUCAUGUAUGCUCGAACGGCUCUGUUCUUCUGGUUUAAUGUAUCUCAGAGGUUGCCUGUGCCUGUGGAGAGCCGGAAAGAAUUAACUGGGAAAUUAAUGUAAUAUUUAUUUAGAGGUAGUUGCCCAUGUUGAUAGGUGUAAACUGUAAAGUGUUUGGCACGCUAUGUACAUUGCUCUAUGGGCACUCGAACCCGUCCUUGAUCCA